AUGGAAACACACGAAUAGCAAGAUGCUUAUAAAGAAAAUGACAAUUAAUAUGAAAUAUAACACCUAAAUUAAAAAGAUAUUAAUGAGGCUGAUAAUGGUGUAGAGUUGGCGCAGAGUUCAGAUACUUAAAAGAAAAAUGCACCUAUGAAUACUAACAAAGAUUCACACUUUGAUCCAAAAUCGGAUUAACCCGCUCCUAAUGAGAAAUAAUUUGAAACUAAUUUCAAAAAUAUAACAAAAAGAUAGCAGAGCUUCAAAGAAUUUAGACGAUCCGUUUAUGAUGGUCCAGUUUAGCCUGAGAACGAGUAUAAUGAGGCUUAACUGCUAAAAGCAAAGAGAGAAUCAGUAUAAUAAUGUAUAAUCUAUUCUUUAUCUUGUGGCAUUUGGAUUGGAUAUGGAGUAGGUAAUAGAGACGCAGUGAACAUUAAAACACCCGAUUAUAGCUGUAAUACUCCAAUUUCAACGUGGCUAAUUGUAAUGGGGGCCACUUAUGGACUAUAGUUCAUCUUUUCUUAUAUCCAAAUGAUGAUCGUAUUUACUAAAAAGGAAAAAUCAAAGCAUGCUGUUUAGGUACUUAAUCUAUUACAUUUUAUCUUGAUUACCAAUUUCUAAGUAACUUGGCUUAUUUACGGUAAUACCUUUCAUUAUUCUUCAAAUAGUAUGAUGUGCAGAAAAAACGAUAAAUAAUACUAGAUUAUGUGGGUUUUAAUGAUGAUUUCAAUAAGUAUAGGAUAUGCCAUCUUCUUAGCAUAUGCAAUAAUUUCUGGCUGCUGCAUUUGCUUAUGUUGUAUUAUUUUUGGCAAAGCUGGUAAAAGCAGAUAAUAAUCCGACAUCACUGGUAAAAUGCCAUUUAUGAAUGCAAUAAAAAUUCUGAGCAAAAAGAACUCAAAGAAAGUUGAAGAAACCAGCAAGAAUUCGAAUGAUUGUACAAUCUGUCUUGCCAAACUCUAAGAUGAUUAAGAAAUUACUGAAUUGAAUUGCGAAAUGGGACAUUAUUUUCACACUGACUGUAUUUAGAAUUGGAUGAAGAAAAAACCUGAAUGCCCACUUUGCAAGAAGCCAGUGGAAGCAAUAAAAAUGUUUUGA